GUUUCUUGCUUUCGAUUCCCGAUACCUGCUGCACCAACAGCAUUCCCGGACAUCUGGAUAAUCGGCGGCAUUAAUGGUCCAUCCUAGAUUUUGCGCUAGGAGUAGUCCACGAGAGUCCACGGUAGUCCAUCAAAAGCCAUCAGCCCACUCAUUAUGGGAUAAGGUCUAGGGACGUGUAGCUCACUCAGUGCCCACCGCUAAUACCAUCGCUCCUCCGUGUUCGAUGCAGCGAAAAAUGGCAAGGUAUGUCAGCGAAUGGACAACUGGGCUAGGACGUGAAGCGGCAUCAAGACGUACACGUCGCCGUCCCAGGAGUAUUUAUUCUCAAGGUCGUGCCAGAGUGUGAAUACAUAUCUCUCUUGCACCUCAUACUUCCUCGCAAACAUGGGCUUCUUGUUCUCUAAACCAAAGUACGACCCCUCUCGCGAUAUUCCCGACCUUACAGGAAAAGUCGCAUUGGUGACUGGAGCAAACUCUGGAGUAGGCUUCGAGACUGCUCUGCAACUAGCAAAACGGGGAGCGAAGGUCUACCUUGGUUGUAGGUCGGAAUCAAGAGCCAAAGAUGCCAUCUCCAGGAUGUGCAAAGCUGCUCCUCAACUGGAUCUGGAGGAUAGACUCGUAUGUUUGCCGCUUGAUUUGUCGGUCAUGAAACUUGCGAAGAAGGCUGGGGAGGAGCUGUUGUCGAAAGAGACACGAUUGGAUAUUCUCGUCAAUAACGCUGCAUGGGCUUUCAAAGACUAUGAAUUAUCUGAAGAUGGCAUCGAAAAGACUGUAGCUGUCAACCAUCUCGGCCACUUCAUUCUCACAGAGACUGUGCUGCCUCUCAUGAAAGCGACUUCCCAAUUACCUGGAGCUGAUGUUCGCAUUGUAGCAGUCAGUUCGGCGGUGUACAGCCAAGCAGCGACGAAGGACUUCUCCAGUCUGGAAGCCCUCAACUCUACUCACGGCAAACCCGGAAGUGAAAACACAUUCUUCACGAAGCUCUGGAGAUACGCGACGACAAAGUUUCAGAUCGUACUAUGGGUGGGAGAACUACAGCGUAGGCUUGAUGCUGAAGGAACACCGAUAACCGUCAUCGUAGUCCAUCCCGGUAGCGUCGAGACAGAGGGAUUUAAUAAUGGUCUGCCUACCUGGUUCUUACGGCUCGUUUCCCCCAUCACCGUCACUUCCUCGCACGGCGCAUUCACGUCGCUCUUUGCAGCUACGUCUGCGGAGGUGGCGGCUGCGAAGGAGAAGUACAAGGGCGCGUUCCUGAUGCCGUACGGUAAGGUGACCAAGGUAACGAAGGAGGCAAGGGAUCCGGUCCUUGCGAAGACGCUCUGGGAGACUUCGGAGAGGGUUAUAAGGGACGCUUUGCAGAGAUAGUCCGAUUAGUUUCAUAUGGCCGUCAUCACAGCCUUUUUCGAGUAGGCCUAUCAUUGGGCGACCAGUCUUACGCUUGCUUAUUAGUAUUGUACCUUGGAAGACAUCUCAGUAUGAAUUGUGGCACAUUGGUUAGCA